AUGGAAGAGGAUAAAAUCAAACUACGGAUCAGCACUCUGUCUUGGGACCCGGCAAAUCUCGUGGACAUGCUGUACGAGGUGCCGAGCCCCUGUCGCCACACGUCGCCGGGGCAACAGGGCUUCAUCAACAUCGAGGGCUGGCUAGAAAAGCUGCCGUCCGGCAGGAAGAAGGCUACCUUCUGGAACGCCUGGAAGCGGCGCUACUUUAAGGCCAAGGAUGGCUUCCUCUACUAUUACCAGAACAAUACUACGGACCAGCCGAGCCUGGUGCUGCAGCUGAUGGGAGGUCACGUAGAGGUCAUGGACUGCUCCAUUAUCGGAGUCGACAGCCGGGUGCCACAGACGGGGCCGAUCCUGAGCCUUGAUGACGGGAUGGGCCGGUACGUGGUGGUGCGCUGCACCAGCGGAGAGGAGGCCGACUGCUGGCUGCGUGCGCUGCGCUCUCAGACGGCCGGCGACUGCAGCCUACGCGUCAGCCCCACCGACUACGGCGUCCAGCUGAGCCUGCCGGCCGCCCUGGACGCGGCGGCGCGCGGCCAGAUCCUGGGGCUGCUGUUCGACGAGUUCGGCGCGCGCGCGGUCAGCGUGCAGGAGCAGAGCGUGCUGGCGCAGGCGGCGUACAACGCCACCAGCGGGGUGGUCGUCGACAUCGGCGACAGGAUGGACGUGGUGCCGAUCGUCGACGGUGAGAACGGACCGGCAGCGGGUCCCAAGAUGCAGCGUCUGGAGCGCGCCGUGCCGGUGCACGAGCUGCUCGGCGACAGCGCCCCCUGGCGGUGA